AUCAACAACCGGUUUUACUACAGCUCGACACGACACCUUACUUACAUUACAUGUUUUAUGCUCGGUGUGUACCACUCUGAUUUGGGGUCAAUAUGCAAGCGAAAGGAAUAUUUGAAAAGCUGAAACGCUUUGACGCAUAUCCAAAAACAUUGGAGGAUUUCAGAGUGAAAACGUAUGGGGGCGCUACGGGUAAAUAAACUAGCCUAGUACUAGUCUAUAUUAUUAUAUAAUAAAUAUACCGUACUUAAGAAAUUAAGGUACUACAAACCUAAAAUAUGUGGCGGUGGCCAAAUGCCCCAAAUGUUGUAUUUCAGGCCUUUAAAUGUAAUAUAGACCAAUGUAGGCCUGUCUUAAUGCGGAGUGUCCAUCAUGCUGGCCAUAGCUAUUUGAUCUACUGAUGCUAUUUAAUUUGGGUAUGUGAAUGUGCUCAAAGUAGUUGACAUUGCCUAAAUUGACUUUGUAAAUGUCAUGUUAUCUUUUCUUCUUCCCUCCACUCCCCCCCCACCCCAAUCUUUACAUGUUAAAAUUGCUAUCAAGUCUUAUGCUAAAGAAUGAGAAGUAAUGCAUACAGUUGUGUGAUGUAUACACUUAUUUAGUUUGAAAAGUGCAUUAAAAGGUUAUCAUGAUUCAUGAUACUAUUGAUACCAGAUUACUUUGCCACAAUUUUCCCAUUUUACCUUCUAUUCCAUCACAUUAAUGUUAAGUAAUUAAGAAACUAACCCAAAUGUGCUAAUGGACAUAGUGGGUAGACAAACUUUGUUGUUAUUGUUAAAUAAAGUCAUAGUUCCACUGAUGAUAAGAUAAUUUAUAAGGUUUUUUUAAUCGAAGUGGUUAUGCGCAGCCGACUGCGUAUAACCCUGAGAGUUAUACGCAGUCGGCAAGUCACGUGACGUCUAUAUUCUUCCUGUGUUACAGUAUCAAUCAAUAAGGGGGCCUUGCUAUCGGGUUGACUGUGUGGUCGAAUGGUCUAAACUGACCAAACCUCAAGUUGAUGGUCUGGAGUUCAAUUCCAGCCAACCGCAAGCCAUGAAUACGCGUUAGUUGCUAUGCUUUUUCUCGAGAAUGAAGCAACAACUGGGCUUAUUGUUUUACUUUUUUUUUUGGCUAAAAAAUGUUAAAACAUGAGAAGAAUUAUUAACUUGACCAAUGUAAUGUUAAUAAUGUUAUACUUAUAAUUAUCAAAUAUAUGUUUGUGUUGUUAACUAAUUUUGUGGGAGAUAAAAUCAUGUUUCACUGGUACAGUAAUAAAAAUAAUCAUAGGUUGAGAGUAGCAGGAAAAAAAUCGCUGUAGGGGCAGGGGUUCUGUAGAGGGAGCACUGUAAGUAAUACUUUCACACAGUUAUAGUUUUGCAUAGAAGCUGAAAACUGUUACAUUUAGGUCAUCAAAAAAAAAAAUCAUAAAUGAUAAAAUUUUAAAAAAAGAUAAAUAGAAUGUAUUUCCUGAAUUAGUCAGUAAAACCAACCACAUGGACAUGAUGGUCAUAGCAACAUAUAAAAACCUAAUCAAUCAAAAUAUAUAACUAGACUUAGACCAUGGAAAUGCCUUUAAAAAAAAUCUAAGACUUAGGCUUAGACUCUAAGAAAUGUAGACUUUGACUUAUACUUAUAAUUAUAAUAUAUAAGAUACAAGCAAUAAUACUAAUAAUAGCACUAAUACUAAUAUUAUUGCUAUCAUCAAUUUCAUUAUUAAUUAAAAUUAAUUCUAUUAAAAUUUUACGUUAAACACAUUCAAAGUUCUAGUUCAAAACAACCCGUAAUGCAGCUCAUUACGCAUAAUACUUUUUUUUUAAAUUGCCAAACAAGCGAUUAAUAAACCUUAUUUGGCUAAAUUCCUAGCCGACUGCGUAUAACCCUGAGAGUUAUACGCUGUCGGCUGUGAAUAACCCUCAGGGUUAUACGCAGCCGACUGCGUAUAACGCUUCCCUUUUUUAAUAGAAAUGUUGACUUGGACUUGGACUGAAACAUUACAAAUGAAUAAAUAGUUAUUGUCUUUGCGCCAGAGUGUCACUUUUAAAAUUCAUUUCUUAUACCGGGUAUUAAAUGUUUUGAAAUAUUCCAAAAGCUAUAGAAACGCACAAGUCUACCAUGAUUGUAAUGUAUAUUGGGACUUUUAGGAUAUAUUCCUCAUCAUGCCUUAUGUGGGAUAUUGAGCUGCAUGUGAACUGGGUAUUAAUUAUUUGGGAACCUGUCAAGACAUUCUUUUUAAAGCAUCAUUGACAUUUAUCAAUACUAGUAUUGACAAAAAUAAUAUCAAUUAAAAUAUAGCUCUAAAACAAGGUAUAGAUUACCCACAAAAAAACAACAAACUUUAAUCAAAUACUACAUUUUGAUGAAUGGAAGAGAAAAAAAGGAAUUAAGAAAGUUCCAGUUUAUGCCUAGAAAAUGACACUACCUAUGAAAGGGACAUAAAUUAUAACUACUAAAGAAAGUUGAAAAGAGCAAUAAAAAUUACUAAAUAAGCUGAUGCUUCAACAACAAAGGGAAAGCUAAUUAAUAUAUUUAAUAUCUACAAGAAGAUAAUAACUGUGCAGCAGCAGUUUUUAACUAGUCAGAAAAGAUUUGGAAAUAAGGGAUAAAAAUCAAUAUUACAAAGGUAUUUUGAGAGGUACACUUUCAAAAAUUGUCUUUUGAAGUACCGGUAAGGUACACUUUUUAUGUAAUUCAACUAAUCUUCACUGCAACAGGCAAUAUUUUGUAACUCUAGAAUUUGGUCCAACAAUUUUAGUAAUUUAUUUUAAUGAAGUGUAAGACAAUAUGUCUGAAAUCUUAUCCUCUAAAGUAUCCUAAUUAAUUACAAGACAAGGUUGUGCAGUUUUUCCUAUAUUUUAUUUCAAUCUAAUUGUCUUUCAGUAACAAUCAUCAGUGGUGUCCUGAUGUUUAUCCUGUUUGUCUCAGAGCUUAACUAUUACCUAACACUUGAGAUUCAGCCUGAAUUAUUUGUAGACACCUCCCGUGGACAGAAGCUGCGAAUCAACAUUGAUAUAGUUUUUCCUAGGAUGGCCUGUGGUUGUAAGUAAUGGGUUGGCACACCUUUCUUACAGGUGUUUGGUAUAAUAUCAAUUAUUUCUAUUGGAUUUAUUACAUGUAUUUACAAUAUCAAAUCACAAGUGAUGUAAAAAAAUUUACUUCCAAAUUAUCAUUAUUUUUAUUCAUACCAACAAAAUCAUCACACCUGCUAUUUUUCCCCAUGCUAUAUUAUUUAAGAAUCACAGAUUAUAACUUCCAAAGAACCAGAAUGUUGAAACCACAGGUGUAAGAAAAUAGUGGCAUGUGUUUUAUUUUUAUACGUUAUUAUAAUUAUAAGAUUGUUAAUUUAAAAAAUUACUGUUUAGUACUUUUCAUUAACAUAUCUAUGCAUAAAGCUAAGCUUUUCUUCCAUGUGUAAUGUUUGAAUAAUCUUUGCUUUUGAUUUUUAUUGUAAUGACUUGUGUAAAUAGAGAAUAUUAUUUAUUAUAUUAUGAAUAUACAAAAAAAUAGCUCUUCUGAAAUGUAAUUUGCACACAACACAAGUGCAAUUGGCAAGAAAAAAGUUAAAAGUUAAUAUUUUAUCAUUUUAAAAUCUCACAAAAUAGGUUUCUGAAUCCACAGAUUUAUCCCUUGAUGCCAUGGAUGUGAGUGGGGCGACCCAGAUAGACAUAGAAGCCAAUUUAUUCAAAGCCAGGUUGGACCUGGAUGGAAACACUAUUAGUGAUACUCCUGAACCUCAGAGUAAGUCAAAAUAGCCCUGUGAAUUGGAUACAGUAUAUUUUGUCAGUAUUCAUAUCUGAGAAAUUUUAAAGAUAUUUCUUAUGGGUAAUAAAGAAUAUUAUUUGCUGAAGCUUAAAUUUAAAAACUAACAAAAAAUACAUGUGCGUUAUUGAAUUCUUGAAAUGUAAAUUAACUUCAAUUGUUAUUGUUACGGUAUCUAACCUUUUCUCCAAGUUUGUUAACAAAAUGCUUCUGUUUUACAAUUUUUUAAAUUUAGAGCUUGGAGAUGGAAAAAGUACAGACGUUGUAAGUAUGAGAUCUAUUUAGGUGUUAAGAUGUGUAACUCUAAACUAGUUUUGGAAUUAAUUGGUUUUUGUGACAGGGGGAAAAAAAAUAAGUGUUGGAAAAUAAAUUGUUAAAUUGUUACCAGCUAUAAAAAACAAUGUAGAAAAUCAGAAUGUUUAUAUUUUGGCAGCUAAUACUAAAAAAUACACAUUCUGAUUCUCUACAUUUUGGGCUCUGACAUUCAGCUCAUAUUGGCUGUAAACGGUACAAGUAUUUGACAUUAAAUACCACUGGUAUGCCAAAGUUUUGAAUGAAGCAGAAAAGGCUAACAGAUUGUAUUUAAAUUUUCAAAUCCCUUAUGUUGUAUUCUGCCAGGCAGAAGUUGCACCUUUAGAUCCUUCAAGAUGUGAAAGUUGUUAUGGUGCUGAGAACUCAGAACAAAAGUAGGUAAAAAGAAUUGAAAGGGUGGGAUUCUGGGAUUGCCAACAUUUUUAAGAUAUGGGAUGUCCAUAAAUAACAAUUCACAUCAAUUUGGGUGAGUGGGAACCAUGAAAUUAUCUGAAAUGUGCAUCUUCAAAAAAAUAAUAUAGCUACACAUUCUACAUUAAAUUAAACACUAAUUUUUACAUGAAUUUUUGUGGAUUAUGAAUUCAAGGACAGUUUAGGCACACCAUAUAUAUCAAAUGAUACAGCUUUAAACUUUAAAGGAAUUAUUAUUUUGAUUUCCAUAACCAUAUUUUCAAUACUUUUAAUGAAAUGAGUAAUUAUAAAUACUUUUUAAAAUGUAUCUAUAUUUGAGUUAAAUAAGAAUAUUAAAAACAAAAUGUAGUAUGCUUUUUUUUUUAAAGUGUAAUUUUAAAUUUAAAAAUGCAGCUGUUGAAUUUAUCUCAAAUUUUCUUUGCUAAAGAUGCUGUAAUUCAUGUGAAGAUGUCAGGGAAGCGUAUAGGAAAAAAGGUUGGGCAUUACAAGAUCCUGACGCCAUUGAGCAAUGCAAACGUGAAGGCUGGGCAGAAAAGAUGGACGCACAGAAAAAUGAGGGGUGCAAAUUGUAUGGCUAUCUAGAAGUAAACAAGGUAUACUUAUAUGUAGGGUAUCAACAUACAUAAUUCUCUUUGUAACAAUUUCCAUUACUAACUAAGGUUCAGUAGUGGGCAAAUAUAAUUCUAGAUAACUGCACUAAAUGAGGUUCUUAAAAUUACUGCAAGUGCAUUUCGUGCGUAUUAUUUUUGUGUUUUACUGAAACAGUCUUAAUUUAAAUAAGGGGUUAUAAAUAUGCUGGAUGGGAUAUUAGAAUAUUGUUGAGAACCUUGGUUCGUCUCUGUUCUACCCUCGUUCUCUAACUACUUUAUCUGAAUUUGUUACCUCAUUUAUUCUUUCUCUCAUACUGCACAAUCAAUUAUUAACAUGUUAAUGGUUAGCCUUUCACUUGAAUGAUCUGCUAUACUAUUCACAAUCAAGACUUUGGAACUCUGCUCUGACUGUCCCGGGUUGUCUCUCUCGUUCGUUAUGGUCUUCUCACAUCUGUCUUCUACUCCUGUCAGGCUGAGUUCUCCCUCCCAACUGUCCUCUUCACUGUCCAGCUUAGCUCUCCCAUGUCUGGUCUAAUGAUCACCAUUUAUAAAUCGACGAAUUAGUCAUUACGUCUCGAGAUACCUUCCCAGGGCUAAUCUAUUUUCUGCACGCUGGUACUCUAAUUAACCUAAAACUUCCCUCUGUCUAAAUGGACAUCAACUAGCCACUCACCCUCGCAUUCUAAUGCCUAAUUAUCCUAGUGUCACCGUCACACUUGUGUCUUCUUCCUCCAUGUGCUAUCUGAUGCGCGUGCUAGUUGGUCGGCCAUCGUACUGUGGGUUCCACGCUCCUGUACCACCCAGGCUGAACUCUCCACAAUAUUAAUAUAGUUCACUGGCUUGAAAAAAGUGUGAGGUUGCAAACCUGGCGGGCGGAGCACUAUUUGGGAUUCUUGUUACUUGUGUGCAUGUUUUGUCACGUAACUUUAGCAGAUGUUAAGUUCAUGCACUGCGGGGGCCAUUUUUUGGCGGGCUGUAGAUUAUUUUUAAAUAACAGCACAGGCUUAGUUGUUUUUUAUGUGAUAAAUGGAUUACAACUACUACGGUGUCUGCAGUUUACUCUAAUAAUGUUUUUUAGAACCAGAGUGAACACACUGUUCUGCACAUGUAUUAGCAUUUUUGAAAUGGGUGAAAGAUCCUUUGUGUCCAGCAUUGCCGGCUCUUGACAAAAAUAAUAAUUAUACAAUAUCAAGCUUUUGAAAAUGCUGCAGUCAUAUACUCUGUAUUUAGAUUAGCCUGAAACUCAGUGAAUGGGCAUUUUAUACCAUAUGAUUUAUUAUGUCAAAAUAUAUAUUUCCACUGAUUUUGGAAAAUUAAGAGUAAUUGGCGAAGUGUCAGAUUUCACACUUUUUCCACUUGACAUUUUUUUUUUUUUUUUUUUUACAAAGUGUGGACAUUUUUUUCUCAUUUUGACAUAACUUAGGCUGUUAAGUAAAAAAAAAAAGUUCCACAGCUGAUAUAUAGUUGUAGAAAUGCAUUGAAAUGCCUGUGCUUACACCUACACCAUUUAGUAUCAAAUGUCCACAUUUAUUUCAAUACCCGGUAUAUGUAUUUUCUGUGUUCAGGUUGGAGGAAAUUUUCACAUCGCACCAGGAAAAAGUUUCCAACAAAAACAUGUACACGGUAAGAGAUAAUCCUUGUGUUAAAGUCCCAUUUGGGCUAGUAGUAUUAUAGGAAACAAAUUUAAAUCUGAACGCUUUAGGAAUGCACUUUAAGAAAUACACAAUUUCAAUGAGAAACUCUGUGUAAUAGUUUAUAAUAUAAAGUAAUAGAAAUAUAUUUUACUUUUCAUUCAUUUUCUGCCCCCCUACUACCAUAUAAAAAAUCUCUAAACUUAUCUUGAUGAGGGUAAAUGAAGUGCAUGCAAUGCAACUGCAAGUACCAAAAAAAAACAGCCAGUGUCGUAUAAAGUUUGGUAAAGAGACAUUUAUUGAAUUAUUCACUUAUAUCAAUCCUUCCACAGUUCAUGAUUUGCAGUCAUUCAGUGGCCAAAAGGUGAGAAUUUAUUAUGAUCUUAAAAUAUAUUUUAUACUGACCAACUAAGAGUAAUUCAUUGAAAUUGUAUACUGGAUUGUCCUGGGUAUUACAAAGUAAAAAAACAACAAAUGUUUAUAACAAAACAUCAGUAUGCUAUCAAUCUACAGGAAGGAUACUGUUGUAUCAAUAUAUUUUGCUGGAGAUGUAAUUUUUGUUGUUGAAGGAAAUGUCACACAUUACAAGGGAUAAUCAUAUAGCUGCUUCUUUAAGAAGUCUAAUGUCUUUUCAGUUCAAUGUUACUCACAGAAUUAAUCACCUUUCAUUUGGUAAUGACUACCCUGGCAUAAUCAACCCAUUGGAUGCUACGUUUCAAGUUGUAGAUUCAUGUAAGUUUAUGUUUUGUUUACUAUGAUUUGUCUCAAUGGUUACUUAACCUCACUGUGUGGGGCAUCCCGAUCAGUUUCAAGAUCCCAUAAAUUAUCAAAUUUACUUAUCUAAACUAUUGUGAUCAAGAGCUGCUCUGAGUAGUGUUUCUUUCAAACAAUAUCCUCUGCGUUGGGUGUUUGCAUUUCAGAUUUUGGGGUGGGCAGUGGUGUAGCUAACGGGAGCUAAAUGUGGUAUAGAUGUCCGCCGGCGCCACACUAGAAGGGGCGCAAAAUGGGACUUGAUAUUUAAUGGAUGAAAAAAAAAUGGUAUCUUUUCUAUUGUUUGUAAGAUGAUUGAUCAAAUUGCUGAUUAUAUUUUAAACUUUCAGCAAAAUAGUUAUCCAAUCUUUUUAAAACUUCUCUAUUUAAAAUGAACUUGAAUCAUUUGAAUGGUAGGAGCUAUCUCUGUCUUCAUUUAAAUCAUAUAGAAAUAGAAAAAUUAUUUAAAAUAAAAUAAAGAAAGACAAAAAACCAUGUGUAUAUCAGGUAGACUUUCAAUUUUAUUUUAUCCUCCAAUUCCAAUAAACUCACUCAUUACAUCAUGAGACUGGCAGUCCAUGCUCUCUACUCACAUAAACAAAUAAUAUGUUAGUCAAGUAGAUACAAUAUAGAAUACAAGCUGCUGUUGGACAGUACCAACAAAAUAUACACUCACACAAAAGUCUUCUUUUUUAUUAUUAUUACUAUCACUGGUUUCAGUAAAUACAUAUUGGCAUAUCUUCCUUUCAUUUGUGAUGAGCAAAUGAAAAUUUAGCUAUUGGCAACAAAAUAAUAUUGGAACGAGAAGGUAUCAAAAUUAAGAAUUCACUUCUCAAAGUCUUAAUAAAUGUUUCAUUUUGCAUAUUUUCCAAGUAUAUUCUCUGAAAAGAGCUUAUUGAACAUAUCAACAUCUAAUACCAGUUCCAAUGGCCAUGAAUGUACCAAAGGUUCCACCACCUUGAAACAUUGUUUUGCCCACAGUUGAGACUAGUUCACGACCUCUGAGUCCAUAUCUGAGAAAAAAUUGUUAAAAUAGGUCAAACCCAUCAGCACAUUAAAAACUAGGUUUCUAAACCAAGAAUAACAAAACAAUCUCUGCAUAAGUUUAUGGGGAAACAAAGAAACAACUUUCCUGGCUACUCUAUAAAAGAAAAUUAAAAAUCAUUUUUUAAAAAAAAAAUAUUUGAGGAAAUUCAUAUCAUCAAAUGUGUUGAACUUUUUUAAAACUAAUACAACGUUUAAUAUAUUUAAAUACAACAUAGUCAAAUUUUUAUUAACUGCAGGAAAUUUUUAAAAAUUUUGGCAGCAUUGGUUUUUAAAACUAAAAUAACAUUGUGCAUUACUAAUUUCAUGGAAGUCAUGCUGAAGAGAAUAAUAAUAUGAUCAUUAUUUGAAUAUUGGUACAAUCAAUUCUUAAUUGAAUAUUGAAGGAUAGAAAGUCAUUUGUGUAAAUUAACUUAAUUUUUAACAAUAAUUUACCGUAGUGCUGAGAAUCCUCCAAAAAUUGCCCCAGAUGCCAUACCAACACAAAAUCCCAUCAUAAAUCCAAUUUUGACUCUAUCAAAGCAGCUGGGAGCCCCUUGAUGCCCAUAAGCACUUGAGGGUACCGGCAUGGCUUAAUUCCUUUCAAUCACGUCAAGAAACUGGAUAUCUUGUUAUUUUAUGAACCUGGAAAUAUUCAAUUCAAUAGGUUUACUUAUUUUUAGAAAACAAUAACCCUUUCUUCAAAUAACUGAUUUUUCCCGGCUGAGGUCGAAGUCAAGCUUAAUGUCACUAAAUGUGCAUUUUUAUGACAUUAAUUGUAUUUUGCAUCUGUAGCCUAAGCUUUUCUUUUGUGACACAAUCCAUAUACAUUGCCAUUUUACAUUGUUAUACCUUAUUAAUUACUAUUGUUUAGCAUUCUUUUUUUAAAAUUGAAUUUAUUGAUGGUCGAGUAGGGUAUGCUACAUUUAUGGCAAGUAAGGGUAUGUUUCAUUUAUUGUAAGAAUAUGCUACAUUUAUGGUGAAUAAGGGUAGGCUACAUUAUGGUAAGGCCUAUGCUGAUGCUACAUUUAUUGCCAAUAUUGCAUGCAUAUUUUCUAUUUUUUGUGGCAAACUGUGUUAAUGAUUUACUUUUAUGUUCUGAAUUUUCUCUUGAAAACAUUUUAACUUUGAUUGCAGUAACAUUUACAUUAACUGGCUUAAGUUUAAAUCAUUGUUAUUUCAAUUUGAAAUUUGAAUUUAUUGAUGGUCAAGUAAAUGUAUGAGUGGGGUGUGAAACAUUUCCUAUUGCCUCUAUCUCAUGACACUCCUCUCUCUCUCUACCCCAUGUCCGCGACUUAAACCUCAGUCUCAGGUGUAAGCUGUCAAAUACUUGUCAUUUUUUGCACCUCCAUUCCAUAUCAAUUUUAACAUUCAUUAAGGCUUAAGGCAUGGUUCAUUAACUAUUUGCCUUUGUAGUUAGGAACAGUUCUCUUCAAUAGUGACAAGAUUCUUGAAAAUAAUUUACUUAACCUUUCUUAUUAUUAAUCACAGUUUAGUUUUUCUUUUAUUUUAAAUACUAAUAGUAUACAAAUUAAUAUUUAUAAUAGCAAUGAUUCAUUCAAUAUUCAAUGAUGACAGUUGAAUAAAAAUUAUCUAAAGUGAAAGUUAAGUCAGUUAGGUAUAAAUUCACCAGCCACAGUCAGAUGACAAGAUUAUUUAAAAAUUGGUAGGACAAAUGAUAGAUAGUAGUAACAGUAACUUGGUGUGAAGUAGAUUUUAUUAUGUCAUGUGACAUAAUUUGACAUGACAUGACUGAGUCAAAUUAUGUCAUGUCAUAAUUCAUUUCCCUAGCCCUAGAAGUGACCUAAGAUUAAAUGUGUAAACUUAACCAUGACCACCUUGAAAUUGUUGAGUUUCAUCAUUAAGUUUAAGCAUCAUCAAUCAUGGCAUUCAUGGAUGUUGAAAAUGAUUUAACAAAUUACAAACGUAACUAUUACUAUUAGUAUUACUAUACUCUAAUACGGUACUAAAUUUUAAAUAGGAUUGUAGUAGAAGAGCGUUAACCAUUAAUAUUUUAAUAUUCACACGCAGCUUACGAGUUAACUAACGUGUUUUUUUUUUUGUUUUUUUUAGCAGACACGAAAAUAAGAAAAAAUCGCGUGCCCUUCGUUUCCUAUACUAUCGAUAAUUGGUUGUAUUGUGUCCAUUCAUGUAGAAUCAUGGCACCCGUAAAUGAAUUUUAACAGCUGAUUAAUCAUGAUUUUUCAUGCACAUUAAGCUGAUUCAUUCCGUAAGUAAAGAUUGUAAAAGCCGACAGUGACAUGCCUACUAAAUUUCACUCACCAAGCUUAUUUUCUUUCUUUUCUUUAUUAGAGUUUUAAAUUAGCCCUAGUUGUCUUCUCUUACCUUGUCGAUUGACCUUUACCCCAUAUGGCGUACGAAAUGUGUUGGGGAAAAUAUAUUACUCGUUCGUUAGGAAAGUAGAUGAUUACAUUUCGUUGAAGGGGUGCAUAUGAUGUGGUCCUUUAGUAUGGUGAAUAAUAUCUCCUAGGAAAAAGGAGAAAUAGAAAAAAGCCCCAUUAAUAUGUACUUGAAUCGUGACUUACUAGGGAACGGCCAAGUGGUCUAGGGGUAUGAUUUUCGCUUCGGGUGCGAGAGGUCCCGGGUUCAAAUCCCGGCUUGGCCCUUUAUUUUUAAUUUUUUUUUUACUUUCAUGUGUAGAGAAUAACCUAUAAUAAUUGCUAUUUACAAAUUGAUGUCAUUACCAUGACCCCUUACUUUCUUUUCUGACACGAGAAUUUUAUCCUCUGAAAAUAAUAUCUUUAAUAAAAAUAUUUUAAAAUCAUCAGUUCAAAUGAUGUAUCAGUACUUCAUAAAAAUUGUUCCCACCACAUACUCAAAAGUUGGGGGUGAGGUAAGUUAUUAUCUUAUUAUUAUAAUUUAUUUUGUGAUAGUCGAGACAUGUUUGUUUUUGGGUUUCAUUCAGUUCUGGUUGUUUUUUGUUGUUACCUUUUUAAAAUGCUUUUUGGUUUCUUUAAUCUAAUUAGACUAAUUCUCUUCUCCAUGUCCACACUGCCCUUUCCAUAUCUUUUACUCUGUCUCAAUAAACAAUUUAUGUAAAUUAGUAUCUUCAUACCUCUUACUGUCCUCCUAAAAUUAUGCUUUUACAAUAUAAAUUUUUUUAAAAUACAUUUAAAGUUAAAGCCUUAAAAAUUCAUGAAUUUUCUGAUUUUUAAUCAAUAUAUCUAUCUAUCUAUAUAUUUAUUUAUUUAUUUAUUUUACAAAUUUGGUUCCUUGUUUCAGACCUUGUACACAAACCAAUAUUCUGUGACCAAACAUUCUAAGACUACUGGUGGGAUGAUGGGAGAUAGUGGAUUGCCUGGGGUCUUUUUCUCAUAUGAACUUUCUCCCCUUAUGGUGAAAUAUACAGAAAAACAAAGGUAUUUAAUAUUUUCAUGUUUGCUUUGAUUUGGUAUGUUUAUUGAUGUUACUUUCAUAAUUUCAUAUUCAAUUGUUAAUACUUUUUUUCAUACAGUGAUACAUGAAUUAAUGUGACCACUGGUAUCUUCUUAUCUUGUGUGAUGUAGAAAUUGUGGUACUCGGCCUGGUUUGAAGUCAGCCAGGCUUGUGAUUACAUGGUUUUAAAACCAUCAGUCUGAAAACUAGUCUGCAGACUUUUGCCUGAUGACCUGCAUGAGUCGUUAAUAAAAUCAGCCACCCAAGAAGUUCAAGAAGUUUUACAAUUAUGCAUACAAUCCCCAAAACUUUCACUGGGUACCAACCUGGGUUAAACUAAGGGAGUGAACCAAGAUUUAGCAUUGAAAAACUUGACGUUGAUUUAAUUUAACUUUUUCAUUUGAUCCAUGCAGUCCGUUCAAGUUAAAAAUUUGGUUCCAGCAUUUAAUAAAUGCAUUUAUUGUGAUUGUAUUCUAAAACGUAAUGCAGGAAUCAAAAGCAAAAAAAAUAUAUUCAUAAUUAAAAUAAAAGUUGUCUCUUUCAUGAGGUAUGUACACACUUGUAUUUAAUUCUUUCUUGAUUUUUCAUUUUAGAUCAUUUCUUCAUUUUCUCACUGAAGUUUGUGCCAUUAUAGGAGGAAUAUUUACAGGUGAGUUACUAUCUGGUCAAUUAAUUUGUCAGUCAUAAUAUAUUUGUGUGAGCAUAUCUGAACUAGAAUUUGUUUCCAUAGAGUUUAUUAAGAAAUCCAACCGUCAUCUAUAAUAUAUCCAUUGUAAUGAUUCAUCAUGUUGUAUUUCCAGUUGCAAGUUUGAUUGAUUCCUUCAUCUAUCACUCAUCACGUGUUAUAGCCAAGAAGAUAGAGCUAGGCAAAGCAUCUUGAUAAAACUGAUACUUAUACUUAAAUGACUUUAUUUUCGAUUUCCAUCACACAAACUUCUGACAAUAGCACUUGAGUUCUUUGAUAUAGCAUAAGUAUUGAUUCAUAAACGAUAUUAUUUUUUAUUUUUUUUGCUUACUUAUUUUAUGCACCGGAGUUAAAUUAUUAAUCAACCAUUAAUAUUUUUGGGGGCCAUUUGUUAUUUCAUAUGUUUAUUUCUAUAAGUUAGGCAAGUGUAUGUGUUGUUAAUACCAUACGGAUCAAUGUGAAUUAGGGUUAGACUAAAUAAUCUUGAUAUUUAAAAAUCUUAAUUAUGAUUGUCAGUCAAAUCAGUGCUCUGAAGACGUGACUUUGAUUUUUUUCGAGGAAUGUCAUUUAAAAAACUGUAACAUUUAAAAAUACACAAAUUUUAAUAAAAUAGUUUUACACUCUUGUUAUGUAUAUUAGUAGAACAAAUAUUAAGCUCUUUAUUCCCAAUUCAGUAUCUGAUGGACUGGGUUGUCCCAGAACCAUUUAAUUUACAAAAGGUAGUGGUUUAUGAGGGGAAAUAUUUUAAGUGUUUUAAUUGCUGUUGGAAAUUUGGGGACCACUUCUGUUACUGAUUUGAACACUGAAAAAAGAGAACUGGUACUGGUACUGAAUUCUUCACCCUCAAUAAGUUUAGCUGAUAAUUUAAGAUGUUGAAAUCCAAUGAAGAAACUAACAACAAUAAAUAGGAUAAAAAUUGACAUAAUUUAGUUGUUUUAAAGCUUUAAAGGCAGUUUAAGAGAGAUUUUGAACUAACAUUUACCCAUUUUUUUAAACUUUUGCUUGCAAGAUUAAUGAGUUUAAAAUUGUUGUUGAGUAGGCAUAAUUAAUUUGUCUUGUAAAACCACAUGUGUAGUGUCAGACAAAAUUUUAAAAGUAGAACAUUUUUAUUAUUUAUUUUAGAUAUAAAUGAAAUUUCCAUUUACCCAGUAAAGAUGUAAAUUUAAAGAUAAUUUGGAUCAUGUAUACCAGAAAUAACUGGCGAAAAAUGGCGGCAAAAAUUUGUGAACUCCCCAUCUUCAAAAAAAUGCACCAAAAAAGCUAACUUACAGGAAUUUUAUUUUGUGCGCCUAUUGAACACAGUGUUACAGCCAUAUGUAUGUAUCUGGACAAUUAUUAUUUGUGAUUAUAUUUGUAUAUAAAUAUAUUUUAACUUACAAUAUUUUUUCUGAAUUGCAAUGAACAUUUGCAUUACCAGCUGAAUAUUUAGAAAGAAUUUACAGUGGGAGCCAGGGUAUAGGUUUUGUUGUUAAAAGAGAAACAUCAACUAUUACUUCUGCCUGGGUUUUUAGACUGGAACGAUGCAAGUUUUUUGUGUUGUUUUUUUAAAUAGUCCCUAGACAUAGACUUUUUAGGUAAAAAAAACUAAAUUUAUAGGUAUUAAAAAUAAAAGAAACACUUGCUACCUAUGUCAAUUUCUCCAGUCAACUUCGCUCACAUUAAAUUUUAAAUUUGUCCUUCUCCGCUAUUGUGAUGAUGUAAAGCACAAAUAAAUAUUAAUAAUGAUUUUUUAUUUUUUUUUAAAAUUUUUUUUAAUGUUCAUUUAUAAAAUAUUUUAAAUUUGUUUUCUUCUCUCUUUCUUUUAUUAUGUUUCUAAUCUGCUUGCUUUCCAUUUUAAAAGGACCAUCAAGCUGAGCAAUAAGAAAAGGAAAAGCAAUAAUCUUUUUUAACAGAUUUAAAAAUAAGUUUAAGAUGUUAACUUUGAGGCCAAAAUCUAAAUAUUAUCACCCUUUAUUCAAAUGAUUACUAGUGUGCACUUUUGUUGUCUAUAAUCAAAGCUAUUAAUUUUUAAACAUUUAUUAUUGAGAGCAAUGCUUGUUUUUGUGACUAUUCAAAACAUUACUAUUAUUUUUUUAAUUUGUACAUUUAUUAAGUCUUAUUACAUGUAUUUGAUUUAAUGAAAUAUUCGUAUCUCAGGCAAAAUCAAAAAUAUCUGGCAGAAGUGAAUGUGAAAAUGUUGGAUUCAAAACUCAAGAUUUAUUUGAAUGUCUUUUUUUUUUUUAUUAUUGAGCCAAUCAAAUCACAAAAGCAAAUGUGUUUUUAACCACAAGUGAGUGGCGUUCAGACAGCAUGUGAGACAAGAUCUUUAAAUGGAAUGCAAUUAAUCUUCAUCAGCACUAUAUCUGUAAUUUAUGAAUGAUUUACAGUUCUGAUGGGGUAAAGGUGUAGCAAUAAUAAGAGGCUGCUGCGGUCAGAAAUGUUGUUAGCAAAGAACACAUAUUUUAAAAUGAAAAAAAGGUUUAAUAUGUUUUUUUAGCCCAAUUUUUAUUGAAGAAUAUAUCAAUAGUUAUGUUUAAACUUACAUUGGGGGGGGGAUAAAAGUUAGUGAUUUUUUUUUUUCCUGCAAGAGAUUUUUUUUAUUGUAGUUAAAGACUAAUUUGCAUUCUUUUAUAUACUUCUGCUUUUAUCUUCAUUUCUCAUAUACAUUUUGGCUUAGCAUUACAAAAUUUGAACAGCUUAUUUUUUAAUGCACUUUUCAUUCAUGCAUAAUUAAUUUUGUGUCGUUUUAGUAUUCAGUGGAAGCAAACUCCCUUGUGCCAACCACUUAUGGAUUUCUAAUAUUACUUCAGCAUUUUGUUUGCUCUCUAUUCAAAAGUAAAUUGCAUAAAGACUGAGCUUUUGUCUUUUAAAUUAAAAAAAAAAACAAAAAAAAACCCCAUAUUAAUGCUUUCUCUAAAGAACAAUUUUUUGUUUAGUUUUUGGGAAAAAUUAUUUCUGACUUAACGUUAAAGAUGUAUUUAAAAAUCUAUGACUGGAUAUUUUGGCUAUGUUUAUAAAUUGAGCAUCUUUAUAUCUCACCUUUUUAUCUGAUCCAACAUUAUAAUCAGUGCCUUACUACUAAUUGAUUUACAAAGUGACAUAGAAAAUGGAUUGUAAUGUCAGUCACUUUACAAUAAUCUCAACAAUAUAUAUAUUUGGCUGCUGAAAUCUGACUCUCUUUCAACUUCAUUUGUUUAAAUUUUGUGCGACUGAGACUAGGGAUCUGGUACAUUAAAUAAGGGUGAAGAAUUUUGUAAAACAUAAAUAAGACUUGAAGACUACCUAUUCAAAGCACCAUAAAUAAAUACAUCAAGAAAAGUUAACUCCAUGCAAAAAAUAUCAGAAUGUCUGAAAUAAAUGAUUUUUUUUUUUGUGGUUCUUCGAUGCCUUAUUUUUCAAACUGAUUAGUGAUGCACAUAUUAUUUUGGUUACGGUUUCAAUUGAUUGAUUGAGUUUUUUGUGUGUUUACUUUAUGUCUUAAAGGC